GCGCUUCCCUCCCAUGUAGUCCUCAGUCGGCUGACUUCGGAAACAGAAAAACAAAUGGUCAUGACAGCAGAUUUUUCAGCUUUCCCUAUAUAUCAUGGUAGAGUUAGUCCCCAUACCCCAGGUUCCUCGUUCCACUGCCGACAAUGCUCGAUUUUACACCGAUUGACGCUAUACCCAAGAUUCAUGAAGGACUACGAAAGACAUUCUUGAAGCGGACUUCACUCUCAAUCGCAUGGAGACAGCACCAGCUCCUUCAGCUUGCGCGAAUGAUGCAAGAGAAUCAUCAGGCCUUCGCAGAUGCCCUUAAUAUGGACCUUGGUCGACCUGCACAAGAAGCCUAUGCAAUGGAGAUUAAUCCUCUUAUCGAGCGUGCGGUUUCCUCAGCCAAGACCCUCCCAGGAUGGGCUGCGCCAGAGAGAAAGGAGGAUGAAGUUCCAGAAUGGCAGAAGUCAUGGAAACCCACAGUUUACCGUACUCCCAAAGGUGUGGUCUUGGUCAUCGCACCGUGGAAUUACCCCUUGAUUCUUAGCUUACAGCCUCUACUUGGCGCCAUUGCUGCUGGAUGUCCAGCCGUGGUUAAACCCUCUGAAGUCGCGCCACAUGUUGCGGCAGCUCUAGCGGAGUAUAUACCAAAAUAUCUUGACAAUAACGCGUAUCACGUCGUCAACGGGGCCGUGAAAGAGACCACGAAGUUGUUAGAAUUGAAAUGGGACCAUAUAUUUUACACGGGAAAUGGCACGAUAGCCCGUAUCAUCGCGACAGCAGCAGCGAAACAUCUCACACCUUUGACGCUUGAACUUGGUGGCAAAUCCCCCGUCAUUAUAGACCCGGAGACUGACAUGGAAAUUGCUGCGAAACGGGUUCUCUAUGGAAAACUGUCGAAUGCUGGUCAGCUCUGCGUAACACCUGAUCACAUUUAUAUUCCGACCUCGAAGCAUCCAGACGCCGCGAAGAAAUUCAUUGAAGCUUUCAAGAAAGCGGUCGCGGAAUGUUGGCCUGAAGGGGCUUUGACAUCUCCGAAUUUCUCUCAUAUCGUCAACCAAGCACACUUCAACCGUGUUCAAAGCAUCGUCAAUCAAUCAAAGGGCAAGGUUGUGGUUGGAGGUGCUUCGGAUGAAAAAUCCUUGAAAAUGGAAAUAACAAUGAUUGCGGGUAUCGAGGAAGACGAUUCGUCGCUACAAGGGGAGAACUUUGGACCGCUUAUUCCCAUUGCCGAGGUGGCAACGAUUGAAGAGGCGGUAGAGAAAAUCAAUGCGAGGGACCAUCCACUUGUUCUCUAUGUAUUCAGUCAGAACGAAGACGUGCAGAAUUAUAUCCGGGAGAACACUAUGAGUGGCGCAAUUGUUUAUAAUGAUACCGUUAUACAACUAGCGGUCAACGAACUACCGUUCGGUGGCGUCGGAGAAUCCGGAUAUGGCCGACAAGUGUUGCGUUACACGUACGAAGCAUUUAGUUAUUUGAGAACUUCAGUCGAUGUUCCGUACUCUAUUGAACCGAUGCUUUCGAUGCGCUACCCGCCUUACACGAAGGAGAAAUGGGACAUGAUGGUUGCACCUGCUCUAAACGUGCAAAUUCCUCCCUCGACCGCUGAGAGUGGGUUAAAAGCUGAAGCCUAGAAACGUAAAUAGCUUGGUUGUUAAAUACAAACUGUGAUCCCUAUAUGCCCC